AUUUGGUCGCCCCUAGCGCCUGAGACACCCCGCCAAACCCACUUCAACCUGCCUAGGUAGGUGCAUACCUUGGGCUGACCUACGUAUGUGUAUGCCUUGAGACAGUUCUUCUGUCUUGUCAAUAACACAAGCCUCUCUUCGCCGUAACAAUUGCGCAUAUACCCUAUUCAUUGAAUUCACCCUUAAUCUACUUUCUUCAGUGUCUCAUCAUGGCCGGCGAUCCCCGCGCAUUGCUUCAAAAGGCAGACAAGGCCCUCGCCUCUGCGAGCGGUGGAUUCAGCUUCUUCGGUGGACGCGAAGACAAGUACAUGAAUGCCGCCGAUCUUUAUGUCGAAGCCGCCAAUGCGUUCCGUAUGCAGGGCCUCAUGCGAGAGGCUGGUCUCGCGUUCGAGAAGGCCGCUACCAUCCAGGCUCAGAAUCUCAAGGAACCCGACGACGCCGCGAAUACCAUGGUAGAAUGCUUCAAGGUCUAUCGCAAAGAGAACCCCGAGGACGCUGUGAGGUGUAUCGAAGUCGCCAUCAACCAAUACUGCAAGAAAGGAAACUUCAGGCGUGCCGCUCAACACAAAGAGAACGCAGGCGAGGUGAUUGAGAAUGAGCUGGGUGACAGGAAACGAGCACUCGAGUUCUACGAGCUUGCUGCUGGCUGGUACGAGUCAGACAAUGCUGCAGCGCUUGCAAAUAAGCUGCUAUUGAAGGUGGCAGAUCUUGCUGCUUUAGAAGCAGAUUAUUACAAAGCAAUUCAACACUAUGAAAAGAUCGCAGAGAAUGCCGUCAAUAACAAUUUACUGCGUUAUUCCGUCAAGGAUUAUUUCUUGAAGGCGGGUAUUUGCCAUCUGGCAACUGAGGAUAUGGUUGGAACGAACCGCGCGUUUGAAAAGUACAGAGAGAUGGACCCGGCGUUUGCCAGUACACGAGAGCAUCAGUUACUUGUAGACCUUGCUGGGUCUCUAGAGGCACAGGAUUCGGGAGACUUUGAGGACAAGCUGUUCCAGUUUGACCAGAUGUCUAAGCUGGACAAAUGGAAGACGGAAAUCUUGCUUCGAAUAAAGAAUAACAUCAAGGAGGAAGACUUCGCAUAAACGGACAACAAAGUCAAUAUGGAGUUUACGGUGGGAUUUGGAUCAUAACAAUUACCGGGGUAAAGAACCUAUUAUAAGCAAGCGUUACAGUCUAGUGGUUGACUGACUAUCGUCCGUAUCAAUGGAAAAAACUGACCAUACAAUCUUCGCAUACAUUGGACUUUGGGUGCUAUGUGCAGAUCAUUGACAUCCAAACUUUCUGGUUAGGAAACAUCGCAAGACGCUACGUUCUUCGCGCAGGAAAAUGUAUAAAUAUAUCUUGAUAACUCAUUGGACCCCUAAUGUCCAUUUGUGAUAGAUGAAUUCUAAUGCCAAGGUGCAUGACUGACAGCAUGCUCAUGGUGGGGGAGGAGAAAUAUGGGGUUGCCUUGCGAUAAGCUACGAUAACACUUAGAACCCGAAAAAAAUCCAAAAUCU